GAUUCCGGGAUGAUGUGCGCAGCUUUGCAUACCAGCGGAAGUCGGAAGCUUCUCAAAUUGAAGCGUAUGUGUAGAUCCGUUCUUUUCUCAACUUCCACUGACUGGUUUAUAGCGACCUUGCAACGCAAAUGAGCUCUCUCAAUCUCCAACAAGCGACUUCGACCUCGUUACAGCAACAGAAGAAGGCAGACGCACAGAGCUCGCAAUACGGUGCCAGUGCACACGCAGCUGCACCAUUAACUGCUCCGACACCUACAAGAGCUAGCAUACCGCCAGCAGGAAUGUGGACGCCAGAGGUUGGUAUUAGGUUUGGUGGGGUGCCCACGUCAUCUGGCAACGCUCGACCAUCAAAUGGUCCUCCACAGGAUGGGCGAUGGGAUCCUACGCAGGGGUUGAAGUUUGGGUAGAACGGUACAGGCAAUCACGUCGGGAUGUCUGGUCGUUUUGACAAUGGGAUAUUCAUUGAUAGCGACUACAGUUUCCUGUCUGGAACAGACGGGAAAGUUUUCGGAAUG